CGUUGCAGUUAUGAGGCUGAGAGCAGCGAUAAGCAAAAUGCACGCAGUCGUCUGGUCUGACGAGGAAUAAUCAGCGCCGUCUCUCCAGACGAUGGACAGUCGACAAAUUUCUACUUAAAGUUAAAUCAGCAGGUGUGAAGAAUGAAUGCUGGACAUUUGCCACCUAAAACACGUCUUGGUGUGGAAGACGAGCGUCAGGGUGAAGCUCAGAGAACAAACCUACAAAAGGCAGAUUCCAGUGAAUGUGAACCAACCUGGAAGCCACUGAAGAAUAAACGUUCAAAAGACUUUGAUUUAGAUUUUAGUGCCUCGCCUUGUAAGACGCACUUGGAGCAGGAACACGAAAGCAAAGACUCUGGAACUGGACCAGAACCAAGACUUGAACCACAUGGUGUGUCUUUGAAAAGUGACAAAUCUCUCCAGAAACCAAUGGAUUUCAAACCACCACCUUCUAUAAAAACCCGUAAAACUCCAGCCUCCCCUGUAACCUGCAUGUCAGUGAAGAGCGACUCUUCCAUGGAGAUCGCAACACAGUUUAAAAACAGAUGUCAAACUUUUCAUCACAGCGUCAGCCAAGAGUUCCCAGAUGAAUCUGGUGGUGAAUCUGCUAAAGUCCAGCAUCAAGAGGAGCUAAACUCUGUAUUUAAGAUGCUUGAGGAAAACCUUAAGACUUUUAUGAAAAACGAGCUGCAGAAGUUUCAGAUGAUUCUGAGUUCUGAAUAUUCAGAAGCUCUAGAAAAUCAGGAGGAAGAAGAUGAGAGAAACGCUGCAGAUCAAGAGCAGGCGAAGGGCAGCAGGGAGACAUUUCUAAAACUAUCGCUCCUGUUCCUGAGAAGAAUGAGGAAAGACGACCUGGCCGACUGUUUGUGGAACAGAACCUGCGCAACAGAAUGCACACAAAACCUAAAGUCUAGCUUGAGGAAAAGGUUCUGCUGUGUGUUUGAGGGGCUCGCUAAGGCAGGAAAUCCAACACUGUUAAAUCAGAUCUACACAGAGCUGUACAUCACAGAGGGAGGGGAUGGAGAGACCAAUGAAGAGCAUGAGGUCAGGCAGAUCGAAGCUGCAUCAAGGAGGCAGCGUAUUCAAGAAAAAACUGUCAGACAGGAAAACAUCUUUAAAGCUUCAUCUGAAAAAGACAAACCGAUCAGAACAGUGAUGACUAAAGGAGUUGCUGGAAUUGGCAAAACACUCCUAACGCAGAAGUUCGCUCUGGACUGGGCAGAAAACAGAAGCAACCAGGACAUCCAGUUCAUUUUCCCCUUCACUUUCAGAGAACUCAAUGUUCUAAAACACAAACGGUUCAGUUUGGUUGAACUUGUUCAUCACUUCUUUAAUGAAUCCAAAGAAGCACAAAUCUGCAGAUUUAACGACUUCCAAAUUGUGUUCAUAUUUGACGGGUUGGAUGAGUGUCGACUUCCUCUGGACUUCCACAAAAAUGAGAUCCUGACCGACGUGACCGAGUCCACCUCACUGGAUGUUCUGCUGACAAACCUCAUCAAGGGGAAACUGCUUCCCUCCGCUCGCCUCUGGAUAACCACACGCCCCGCAGCAGCCAAUCAGAUCCCUCCUGAGUGUGUUGACAUAGUUACGGAUGUAAAAGGGUUCACUGAUGUACAGAAGGAGGAGUACUUCAGAAAGAGGUUUAUGGACCAGAAGCAGGCUAGCAUGGUCAUCUCCCACAUCAAGAUGUCACAAAGCCUCCGCAUCAUGUGCCACAUCCCGGUCUUCUGUUGGAUCAGCGCCACCGUUCUGGAAAACAGACAAGGAAGAGAGCUACCCAAGACCCUGACUGAGUUAUAUAUCUACUUCCUGCUGGUUCAGAGCAAGGUAAAGCAACUGAAAUAUGAAGGGGGAGCAGAGACAGAUUUAACCUGGAGUCCAGACAGCAAGAAGAUGAUUGAGUCUCUGGGGAAACUGGCUUUUGAUCAGCUGCAGAAAGGAAACCUGAUCUUCUAUGAAACCGAUCUGACAGGAUCUGGCAUUGAUAUCAAGGCGGCUUCAAUUUAUUCGGGAGUGUUCACACAGAUCUUUAAGGAGGAGAGUGGGAUUUACCAGGACAAGUUGUUCUGCUUCAUCCAUUUGAGUGUUCAGGAGUUUCUGGCUGCUCUUCACAUCCAUCUGACCUUCGUGAACUCUGGUGUCAACCUGCUGGAUGACAAACAGCCAAAACAAAGGGUAUCUAAGGCCUUUAAAAACCAGCCUGAUAUGAGAAAACUCCACCAAACUGCUGUAGACAAAGCUUUACAAAGUCCAAACGGUCACCUUGAUUUAGUCCUUCGCAUACUCGUAGGUCUUUCACUGCCAGCCAAUCAAACGCUACUCCGAGGCCUGCAGACACAAACAGCAAACACCUCACAAUCAAAUCAGGAAACAGCUGAAUUCAUCAAGAAGAAGAUCAGUGAUGGUCUGUCUGCAGAGAAAAGCAUCAACCUGUUCCACUGUCUGAACGAACUGAAUGACUGUUCCCUUGUGGAAGAAAUCCAGCAGUAUCUGAGAUCAGGAAGUCUUUGCACACGAAAACUGUCUCUGGCUCAGUGGUCGGCUCUGGUCUUCAUCUUACUGUCAUCAGAAAAAGAUCUGGACGUGUUUGACCUGAAGAAAUACUCGGCUUCAGAGGACGCUCUUCUGAUGCUGCUGCCAGUGGUUAAAGCCUCCAACAAAGCUCUGCUAAGCGACUGCACCCUCUCUGAGAAAACAUGUGAAGCUAUAUCCUCAGUCCUUAGUUCCCAAACUUGCUGCUUGAGAGAAGUGGACCUGAGUCAUAAUGACCUGGAGGACGUAGGAAUGGAAGCGUUGUCUUCUGGGAUGUUGGGUCAACAAUGUGGACUGGAAUCACUGAGGGUAGCUGACUGCAACCUGUCACAGAAGAGCUGUGAGACUCUUUCCUUAUGUCUCCGUUCAAAGAGCUUCAGGCUUAAGAGUCUGGAUUUGAAUUACAACUUCCUGCAGGAUGUCGGACUGAAGCAACUUUCUGAUGCAUUGAAGAGUCCAUACUGCAAACUAGAAAGUAUUAGUUUGUCGGCAUGCAGCCUCUCAGAGCAGAGCUGUGAAACUCUGGCCUCAGCGCUCAGCUCUCCCUCCUGCAAGCUCAGAUCCCUGAAUAUGAGCCACAACAACCUGGGAGAUUCGGGGGUGAAGCGGCUCUGUGUUGAACUGGAGAACAAACACUGUCAAAUGGAGACCGUCAUACUUUGUGGAUGCCAACUCUCAGAAAGAUGCUGUAAAUAUAUAUCUGCAGUUCUCAGCACUCAGCCAUCCAGACUGAGAGAGCUGGACCUGAGUAACAACAAUCUGACAGAUGCAGGAGUGCAGCAGCUGUCCAGUGGCCUGGGCAGUCCACACUGCAAGCUGGAAACUCUCAGACUGUCAGGCUGUCUGGUCACAGGGAAAGGUUGCGGCUAUCUGGCAUCAGCCCUGAGCUCCAACCCCUCUCCUCUGAAAGAGCUGGACCUGAGCUACAACCAUCCGGGAGUCGUAGGGAAACAAAUGCUGUCUUCUGAGCAGAAGGAUCCACUGUGGAAACUGGCUAAUCUGAGUUUGGAGCAAGGCGGAGAGCACAGGCUAAAACCUGAUGUCAGAAAGUAUUUCUGUGAACUUGAACUGGACAUGAAUUCAGUGAACAGACAACUCCACCUGUCUGACAACAACACAAAGAUUAGACAGGUGGAUGAUGAGCAGCCAUACCCCGAUCAUCCAAACAGAUUCCAGACCUGCUGGCAGCUCAUGUGCCGAAAUGGCCUGACUGGUCGCUGUUACUGGGAGGUGGAGUGGAAGGGAGCAGUUCUCCUCUCCGUGAGCUGCAAAGGAAUCAAACGAAGUGGAAAAAGUGAGGCCUGCAGGUUUGGAAGGAACGAUCAGUCCUGGACGUUGGAGUGCUCUGACGUGUUUGGUUUCGCUGCCUGGCAUGUUAACAGAGAAACAACCAUCCCUGGUUCCUCUGCCGCCCACAGAGUAGGAGUUUAUCUGGACCAUCCUGCAGGAAUGCUCUCCUUCUACCAUGUCUCCUCCGACACAUUGAAGCAUCUCUACACCUUCUGCGCCACAUUUACUGAACCCGUUUAUCCCAGUUUUGGUUUGUGGUCUGGAGCCUCAGUGUCACUGUGUUCAGCAGCUUCAAAGAAACCUGCAGCUUAAAGCUGUUUCAGGAUAAAUACAACAGCUUUACAUAAUUAUAGCUGUGCAAUAACUCUGUGCGUAACAAAAAAUGUUCUAUGUGAAUAGGUAAGUUAAGCUGUUACACUUCUAAAAGUAAGAUAUAUUUAACUAUGUCAUGUUUUCUAUCAAAUCAAAUGAUAUCCACACAUCCCAGUUUAUGUUUUAUGAUGGAGGAACAGCACCGUUUGAAAACCAACAGAUCUGUUAACAUAACCGUUACCGUCUGUCAGCCAUUACAACCCUUUAAUCUGUUGUUAACAUUAGUAAUGUGCUUUUCCGAGCCGUCUUUAAACGCAUCAUGAGUUCACCAUACUCUGUGACCACAGUAUGUUGUGACAGUAGGAGGCGCUGUUGCAUUUUUACACUUUGCUUUACUCCCCUAAAAUAUAAGCUUUGCAAACAAACAGAAAAAUAAAGAAAAAGCCGAACAACAAAUAAAAACUAACAUUUGAGCACUAAGAACUAUCUUAGUGGUCUGUGACUGAUAUAUUUCCAUAAUAAACAUAAUAAUGGUGGUAAAACUUUAGGGAGCAGCUUUAAAUUAUGAUUUUCGCUUUGUGACGCUUACUGCCCGUUAUUGAAAAUAAAUUGUUGUACAUUUGUCACUGUUUA